AUGGGCAGUUUGCCAGUAGGGUCUGGGCGGCCAAUUGCUCGAACAGGCUUCACAACCUACGUCGGCAACUUCGAUGACGCCGUUGUUGAUUUUCGAUGGAUCAUGCUAGCAGGCUCGCUUACGCAUGAUCAAAUACUGGUUGCACUUGAUGGGCUCCAUCUCUGGCUGAUUGAACAUGAAGAGAUCAUAGAAAACGAGCCGCUCACUGCCAUCAUCUCGCAAGGUCACGCGGUGAAGUUCGUUUGCAGACUCAGGCAGGAUUCACGUGAAUCGAGAGAUGUGGAGCUGACCGACCACUUCUUCUUUUUUGGAACCUGGUACCCUGAACGGCUCUUGCCUAGCCGCGCGUUCGUGAAUGACCUCUUCUAUCGAGGGCAGACAACAAUUGAGAGUUAUACAAGGGCAAACCCUGAUGCUUGGAUCGAUGAUCAUCCGGAUGGAUUCUCAUUUCAGGACCAGGGGGUUCAGUUCUUGGUGAAACCUCUUAUUCAAGGUCGCCCUUACAUCAAAUGGCGACAGAUGGCACUCCUUCUUGACCUGCUGCAGACUGAUUACGGACAAUACGUAAGCUUAGGGUCGUUUAUAGGAAUUAUUUGCAUGGACCAUUAUGAGACUCAAUUCGCUUAUGUCGAACUCAAGCUGCUUGGUCAUGAGACUAGUGACGGCGGCAUGCCAGGGUUGGGGCUCAACGCGACGGUAGCCUAUUUAUCAGUCGCCUGA